AUGGCACAACAACAGAGGCAACAACCCUUACCUCCACCGCCUCUGCUAGUACAAGUUGAAUCGAACAACCAUGACAUAAUUAACUUGACUCAGAAAUUUAUGAAGAUGGAGCCGCCGACUUUCUUGGGUGGCAUAGAACCAUUAAAGGCAGAAACCUGGCUGCUAGAAAUGGAAAAAUUGUUUGAAGUAUUCCCCUGCUCUGCAACCGAGAAGGUGCUCUUGGCCACCUACAUCUUAAAGGAUGAGGCCCGAAGAUGGUGGCUGUUAGUUCGAAACAACAACGGGGAUAUGACAUGGGCGCAGUUUAAUGAGAUAUUCUACAACAAGUACUUUCCCCAAUGUUUUAGGGAUCGAAAGGUGUUAGAAUUCCAAGAACUUAAGCAGGGUAGGAUGUCUGUAGCUAAGUAUGAAGCCAAAUUCACCGAACUAGCUUGGUUUGCUCCACAUAUGGUGGAUACUGAUUACAAGAAAGCAUGGAAAUUUGAAGGUGGGCUGGAUCUAGAAGUGUUCGAUCGAGUAGGCGUAUUGAAAUUGCCUACCUAUGUAGAAGUUUUGGACAGAGCAAUAAUGGCAGAGGCCACAAUAGCAGCAAUGAAACAAGCCAAAACACCAACAACAGAAUGGAAAAGUAAGAGGCAUGGAUCUAACUUUCGGAGGGGUUGCUCUUUCUCCAUGAACAAAAAGCAAAAUACUGGGUCUUCGAGCAGCUUAAGCCAGAGUAGCGGAUCUAUACCAGUUUGUUCAGAGUGUGGAAGAAAGUACAAAGGCAUAUGUCAACGUGCUUCGGGCGCGUGUUUCGGAUGUGGCACAACUGGUCACAUGAUUAGAGACUGUCCAAUGAGGUUUGCCAAUGUUAACCACCCAGCAGCAAGUUCAGCCGGAUCUGUUCCUGUGACAAGGGCUAAUACUAGAACAAAUGCCAGAGGUAAUGCUGGCACUGAGACACUAAGGCAAAGGAGAGUGUUUUCACUCAUGCUUGGAGAUGUACAGAAUACCAAAACAGUGGUGUCAGGUAUAAUUCCUAUCUGUGCUCAGAACGCCUAUGUACUGAUUGAUUAUGGUUCUACACAUUCAUUUGUCUCGCAUGCUUUUUCUUGGAAAUUAACUAGACCGAUAGAAUCUGUGAAAUGUUUGUUAUCUGUGUCUACACCAUCAGGGAGUUCUAUGAUGUGUGCUUAUGUUUACUCAGCAUGUGAUGUUGUAAUCAGUGAUGUGACAUUAUAUGUGGACUUGUUACCUUUGAACAUUGAUCAUUUUGACUGUAUUCUGGGUAUGGAUUGGCUGACUAAAUAUUGUGCUACUAUUGAUUAUGUGAAUAAAACCAUCAUGUUUAAACCACCUAGUAUGCCUGAGUUUACUUUCACUAGGAAUGGGGUAGUUCCUCCGCCAUACUUGAUUUCAUUCAUGAAAGUCAAGAAGUUGUUAAGAAAAGGUUGCCGGGGCUACUUGUGUUGCGCAUUGAUUGAGUCUUUAGGUGGUGCCAGUAUAGAAACCAUUCCUGUGGUUAGUGAUUUUCCUGAUGUUUUUCCCAAUGAUUUACUUGGGGACUUAAUCGAUAGGGAAAUUGAAUUCACUAUUGACGUAACACCUGGAACUCAACCUAUUUCCAAGACUCCUUACAGGAUGUUGACUACAGAAUUAAAAGAGUUGAAGUUAACUCAGAAAAACGUUCCAUUUGAUUGGAAUGAUCAGAGAGAGUCUGCGUUUCAAGAGUUGAAAACUAGGCUGGUAACUGCACCGAUUUUGACCUUGCCCAAUGGAACUGAGGGGUUUCAGAUUUACAGUGAUGCGUCCCACAAAGGCUUGGGCUGUCUACUGAUGCAAAGUGGGAAGAGGGAAUUGUUAUAUGACCUGGAAAAGAAUGAAAUCGAAAUUGUGAUACGUGAACAAGAUGGGAUCCUAGUUGCCAUUUCUGCCCAACCUGUGAUCAUUGAAGAAAUCAAAGAAAAGCAAAUUGAAGAUGAGUUCCUGAAAAAGAUCAUGGAUGAAAUUGACUCAAAACCAAGGCCCGGAUUUAUUCUUGAGAACAAUAUUUUGGCAGAGUUUACAACAGGCCUUGGGGAUAGAACUGAGACUGAGUAG